GCUUUGUGCUAGGUCAGCUGACUUAGGAAUGUACUCGUUACAAAACAUUAGAAAGCAGUCUGUUGGGUCACUUCAAAGUAGAAAUUUAGGAGCGUGUUGUCAACCUCAUAACUUAGUAGUCACUUGAAUAUGCCAACUGAUGGAUCCUGCUACAACCGCCGACCCGAUGCAGAACGAUUGUGAGACAGAGUCAAAUUCAGUUUGGAACUGGUGGCCCUCCUGGCGUCCAACCUCCAUGUCCCUUUUGAAGACUACAGAGUCCAAGAUUCUUGCAUGCAUUCAGAGUGACCUGUGGGCUAGGUUUGUGACUCUACCAAAUCAGGACCGAAUAUGGACUCUGACCCUGCCAAACAAGGUGGUGCGCAAACCUGCAGAAAAAGCCGCAAAGACUCCACUGGUGAUGGUCCAUGGCUUUGGCGGAGGGGUAGGUCUGUGGAUCAGGAACCUGGAGGCGCUCAGUCGGUCACGGCCAGUUUACGCCUUUGACCUCCUGGGCUUCGGCAGGAGCUCCAGACCGCCCUUCCCCUCAGAUGCUGCCAAGGCGGAGGAGCAGUUUGUCGACUCUAUAGAGCAGUGGAGGCAGUCCAUGGGCCUGGAGAACAUGAUUCUGCUUGGGCACAGUCUGGGAGGGUACCUGGCUACCUCCUACGCCAUCCAGUACCCUUCUAGAGUGUCACAUCUUGUGCUGGUUGACCCCUGGGGUUUCCCUGAGCGACCAAAGAAAGAGACCCAAGAGGGUCAGGGGACAGAGGUGGUGAAGAGGCCAGCACCUCCACGCUGGGUAAAGGCUAUCGCUGGAGUGGUUUCCUUCUUCAACCCAUUGGCAGUUAUCAGAGCAGCAGGCCCUUGGGGUCCGGGUUUGGUGAACAGAUUCCGUCCUGAUUUCAAGAGAAAAUUUGAAGAUCUGUUUGACGACGACACUAUGACGCAGUACAUCUAUCACUGUAAUGCACAAACCCCGAGUGGUGAGGUGGGGUUCCGGGCCAUGUCAGAGUCUCUGGGCUGGGCCAAAAGGCCCAUGCUGCAGCGGGUUCACCUGCUGCCCCCUUCCAUGCCACUCACCAUGCUGUAUGGAGCACGAUCCUGGGUGGACAGCUCGUCUGGAGACACAGUGGCCCAGAUCAGGAAUCAGGCCCACACUAAAGUGCUGCUAAUAAAUGACGCCUCUCACCACGUGUAUGCUGAUCAACCAGAGGAGUUCAACAGAGUGGUGGAAAAUAUAUGUAACUCUGUUAACUGACCACUGUGUGUGUGUGUGUGUAUGUCUCUGUGUGUAAAAGGAUUUAAAGUAUGCAGACAUUUCAUGGUGGAUUUAAAAGUGAAACUUGGUUUUGGUUGGGGCAGAUUUCGACCUCAUGUAGCUCGUCAUAACUUUGAAUGUAAUUUGUUCUUACUGAUAUUAUUUAGUUAAGUGUUAUUGUCAUUUGUUAGCAGAUAUAAUGUUUUUUUUUCCAUUUAGUCUUGUAAAUUUAUUUAUAUCAUUCAAUUGAAUUUAUUUAUCAGUGUGUUCAUACAGAGUAAUAAUUGAACCUCUUCAUUCAGUGCUAACUUAUGUUGCUGAUCAUUGUAUUUUGAACAGUGAAACACACACACACACACACACACUCACCACUCUGGAUGCUCUGCGUAUAUGUGUUCGCAGAAAACCCACAUGGCCACUGAUUCACACUUUUAUAUGUGCCUGACAUGAGCCACUGAGUAUUGUAGGAUUGUUUUGUUCUUUGACCCCUGCUUUUCUCUCGUCUUUCCUGCAGCAUCAGAAAACUGUUUGUAUUUUAUGACUUGAAAACAAUAAAAGCUUAUUGGAGAAGCUA